UUCCUCUUGCUGGCUGGAGUAGGACGGCGCUGCGCUGCAGAAUCUCACCGAAGAAGGAGAAGAAGCAGGGGUGGCAGGAGAAUUAUGAGUUCGGAGGCAGCCGAGCUGGACCUGCCAUUGGUCCAGGAUGUUGAGCUGACCAAGUGCAUGAGAAUCCGGGUGCAGACCCUCCAGCAAAAGAACGAGAGGCCUCAGGACGGCGAGAAACUCCUCCAGGCAAACGAGUUUGUUUUCCGGGUGGACUUCUCUCGCCAGCGUGGCCUCCGUUUCCUGAGCUGGAACGUGGCCCUGGAGAAGCCGGGCAGGGCCACCAUCAUCGGGACGUCUCAGCACUGGACCCCGGACUUGACCAACCUCAUGCGAAGGCAGCUCCUGGAACCGGUGGGGGUAUUUUGGAGGGAGCCGGACGUGCAAGAGAUGGAGUGCAACGAAGCGGACGCUCUGGAGUUUGGAGAGCGGCUGGUGGAGCUGGCCAAAAUUCGGAAGGUGAUGUAUUUCCUGGUGGUGUUCGACGACGGUCUCGAGCUGGCUCACUUCAAAUGCUCGGUGAAAUUCAAAGUCUGAAUUCCGUCGCCAGCCUCCUCUUUGGCGUUCCCCCCCCCCACCCUCCGAGAUGUUCUGCCUUCGUUCUUCUGCUUUGGGCUCUGCAGCUCCAGCGGUUGCUUGGUUUUGAAGCCAGACAGGCUGCA